CCGGUUCAGCCAUGUUUUGAACGCCGUUACCCAAAACACAAGUUUAUGCGUUCCGGAUCAGAUAUUACCAAAUGAAUGGUCCCUAUUUCCAGUUUUAGCCACUUAAACUAAUUAGUAAUAUAUUAAAGCAUGGCUGGUCUACCACCGGGGGAUCCGCAGCUGGUCGCAAUGAUCGUCAGUCAUUUAAAAACGCAGGGUCUAUUCGACCAGUUCAGGAGGGACUGUCUGGCAGACGUUGAUACAAAGCCUGCUUAUCUGAACCUGAAGCAGCGAGUGGACAACUUUGUGUCCAAUCAUCUCUCCAAUCACACAUGGAGCCCUCAUUUGAACAAAAACCAGCUGAGAAACAACAUCCGACAGCUGGUCUUACAGUCCGGCAUGCUGGAGCAGGGAGUGGACAGGAUUGUGGCCCAGGUGGUGGAUCCAAAAGUCAACCAUAUUUUUAGGCCGCAAGUAGAGAGGGUUGUGCGUGAGUUUUUGUCUCCAGGAAGUUGCUCUGAGGAGCCCCCAGCCCCUGUGCCUCCAGCAGAGGUUAAACCAGAGAACAGCGUCCCUGAACAGGCCUCAAGUUCGACUCCAACUGUCACAGCUACCAGCAAUGCUAUGUCCAUCCUGGACACCAUAACCACUCUCAACCAGGAGGCUAAUGUCAGGGCCACCUCGGUUACUGAAAAACCCCGUAAAGGCCAAACACCAGAUGACAACAUGCACCUGAUGGAAGAUGUUGAGCUGGACCUGAAUGCUGUAACUGAGGGUGACAGCAACCAAGACGGGAAGCCAGUGGAAGAGGCAGAAGAGACAAAAAUGGAAGUCCAAACAUCGGAAGUCAAUUCAGAGGACAUGCAGGAAGUGAUAGAGCUGAGAAAAGAAAGGUUGACAGAAGAGGUUAAGAUGGAAGAGGAGGAGCAGGAGACGGGCACUCAGGAGCAGACAGAGGAGGACAGAGACAAGCAUGCAAGCAAAGUUAGUUGCAAAGCUCCAGAAGAGAAACAGGAUGAUGAUGUGCUGAAAUCUACUAUGCAGGCCAAGCAGAAAGCCAGAGAAAGGAUAAAAGAGGAAUACUCUUUGGAGGACUCGGACUUGGAUGGCCUCAGCGACAUCACUGUGAGCUCUGUCCACACCAGCGACUUGUCAUCUUUCGAGGAGGAAAGUGAGGAAGAGGACCAGCCAUCUGAUUCCUCUGAAGAGGGAGAGCUGCCAACAGAUGACGAAGAUGAGAGAGCAGAGAAGAAACUCUACAGCGGAGACACAGGAGAUGAAGACAAAGAGCGCAAGCCUCGCCGCAAGGCUUAUGUCCACAAACCGUUCCUGUACUCCCGUUAUUAUAGCGACUCAGACGAUGAGAUCACCGUUGAAGAGCGCCGUAGAUCUGCGGCAAAAGAGAAAGAGGAGAGGCUGCUGAAGAGACAGCAGAACAGAGAACGAAUGGAGGAGAAGCGUAAACAGAAAGCAGCUCAGGCUGAAGAACAAGAUCACCAAAAACAAAAGAGCACAGACUCUGCUGGGUUGGAGGGCCCCAAAGCCAAAGAGGCCCGCAAAGAAAGGAAGGUCCUGGAGAAAAAAAUGGCACUUAGCAGGAAGAGGAAGCUAGACUUGAGGAAAGACGGAGAGGUCUCAAGUAAGAAGAAGGAUGAUACAGGAGACAGUGUCAAGAAAACGGAAGUAAAAUCCUCCGCCUUGAAGAGCCCACAGCCCAAACUCAUGAGAAAUCUAUCAGAAUCGACAUCUGAUGAGAGGCACAGACGAAUGAGUGGCAGCGUGUCAGAGGACUCCAACGAUGCCAGAAAGCUGGCGGACAAAAGCCGCACACAUGCCUUCAUCCUGGAGCUGGAACAGGGCUCCCAGGAGGCUCUCAAGCAACGUUCCUUUGGAAAGUUUGACCGUCUCUCCCGCAAAGAGCUUCAGUCUAAAGAGCGCAAAGACAAGGAGCGCAGCCUGUCUGAUGAACGCCCCAAGCUCAAGCAAAAGCCGGAGAAAAAAGCAGACAAUCCCUCAGAUGAAUCCCAAAUGAAGGAGGUCACGGCUGUCACGCAGUCCUCUGAAGAAAAAGACCUGAAGAAGUCCAAGAUCAAAUGUGAGAAGAAAAUGGCCACAAAUACACGAGAGGGAAAGCUGACUGAAGGCAUUGCUGAAGAGGGACUUUCUAAAGAUGCCAAGAAGGUGAAGGCCGCAUCUAUAGACGCUGUUAAGGACAAGGAGAAGGACAAGGUUAAGGAUAAAGAGAAGGUCAAAGAAAAGGAGAAAGCUAAAGGAGAGAAACCUCCAGCUAAAUGUGAUUUUAAACAGCUGCUUCGUCCAGAUUCUGCCGGCUCCUCUGAAGAUCACUCGGACAUGGGGACUGCCCCAGACAGUGGCAAGAGGAGAGACAAACACUCCAAAGACAUGUUGAAAAGGUCAAAGAGUCACAGCGAGGAGAGGGGUGGAGACAAACCCAAGCCGAAAAUAGAUGGCGAGAAAGAAAAGACAAAAGCAGAUCAGGACAGCCAGAAGUUACACAGAUCCAGCUCUGAAAGUGACAAAGAUCCAAAAAGGGUUAAAGCGGCAGAGAAAGGAAAAGCACCAGAAAAAUCCAAAGUAAAAUCCUCAGACGACACCAAGAUUCCAGUCUCAUUAAAGGCCGACAAGAACAUGAAGAGUCCAGAUGUGAAAACGAGCGCCAGCAAAGCCGAGACGGCAAAGGAGAAGAGAAGGGACGCAAACCCGAAGGAGCAGCUCAGAGGUUCAGACGAACCUUCCCUGGAGAAAUCGGAAGCAAAGAGUGCAAAGAAAAGACUGGAAAAGAGGGAGAAAGUUCCCGAAAAGAAAGAUGACGGUCAUGACGACCAAACCACUCCAAAAGAAGACAAACCGGAAACGUCCGAUAAGCCCCCCAAGUCUUCAGCUCCCGCUCCGAGUCCCGACACGGAAGAGCCGCCAGAGAAACCAGCCGGUGUCCAGGAGUCCGACCCGGUCAUCGCCACGGCCCCGCCCUCCCUCUCCGAUGACGCUUUAAGUGACAUCACCCCGGAGCCACCUGAGGGCGAGACGGAGUCGCGGCUGGGGGAGAUUCCAGCGGUGCCGGCGGAGGCCGACGCCCUGCUGGCGCUCAUGGACGUCUGCACCUCGGCGGAGGCCCGGCUGCCUCCAGAGUGCCGUCAGGAGGAGGCGGCGGCGGCCGAAAUGGAGCGUCAGGACGCGGACAUGAAGAUGAAGGAGGCAGCCCUGACCCUGCUCUCCAUGGACCCCGACAGCACAGUGUCCUCUGCCCUGAUCUGCCAGGACGUGAAGGAGGACUCUCAGGCCUACCAGCCUGAAGCACCGCCGCCGGACGCCGCCGAGGGGGAGGAGCUGCCUCCCCCGGUGCAGGUCCAAGCAGCCUCUGGACCCGAGCUCGCCGACGCCCAGCCCGUACCUGCUCAGCCCUCUGAGGAAAAGCCAGACACUGCAGAUGGGUCGGAACACUCGGGGGAAAAUGUUGACACUCUGGAGAUGGUAGCCCCUCAGGAAGGCGAUGCUACCGCAAAUACGUGCCAAAUUGAUUUGAAAGAGGAAGAGAGCAAAAGCGCAGACACUCCUCCCGAGACACAGCCAGAACCGGAGAUCAAAGGAGUCCCAGAGGAACACUCGAUGGCUGCUUCCGGAAGCCCUGAACACGUUUCAGAAAUCGUGCCAGAGCAAGCAGAGCCAGAGUUAGAAGCGACCAAUAUGAGCCUUGGGGCAGUGGAGGCUGAAGGUGAAGAGGAGCAUGCGAAGAUCAAUAUGGAUAAGGGUGAAGCUGAGAGUUCGACAGUGCAGGAAGAAAACCCUCCAUCACAGCAGGCCGACCUGCCGACAUUGGAAAACGUUCCCAACAAAACUGAAGAGGUCAAAGAGCCUGGAACUGAGAGCAAAUUAGUCAAACAAAUUAGUGGGAUCUCCAGCACAGACAGCCAUGAAGAAGAAAAGAGCUCAGACCUGUCAGAAAAAGAGGAGAAUACGGAUGGAAGAAGAAAACGUAAACGAAAGCUGUCUACUCAGAAAGGUGAAACAAGCAAUGAAAAGGAAAGUCCAGCCCUGGUGUCUGCUCCGGAACCCGAGCAGAGUACGGCUGUGGAAGGAAGAACACCUCGCAGAGGUCGAUCAUCCAGGACCACAGAGACAACCGACAAGGACCAAUCAGAAGAGCUGGAGAAGUCAGAGGAGACACUGAUUCACAAGGGGAGGCGAUCAGGAACCUCAGCCAAAGAAGGCCAAGAAGGUAAUGAGGAGGAAGAUGAAACUAAAGUUGAUGUGACCACUUCCCAGAAAGCAGCAGAAAAAGAGGAGAGAGCUGAAGAUGAAAGUGAACCAAAGAAAAGUUCCCAAAGUGAAAGUGAGGGCAGUCUGCUGCCUCCUGCUCCAGAGAAUAUUGAAGGUGCAGGAAGCUCAAACUCACAGGAGACUUUGGACACAAGGGUACCAGCCAUGAAGAGAAAGAGGUCAGAGGAAAUGGAGGAAUCUGCAGAGGAAACUCAGGCUCAAGAGGAGGUGAAGGAUGAUGGAGGACAAGACCAAAGUGAGGAGCAGCCUGACAAAGGCGAUGGCUGUUUGCCCUCUGAAAACCAGUCAGAAGAUGUAAAAGGGGACAUCUGCAGUGACAAGCCGGAUGACGCUAAGGAGGAGCAAGAAGAGGAAGUGGAGACCACUCCAAAGAAACCUCGCAGGGGACGGCCUUCAAAGGCAGCAUCUGCAGAACAUUCAGAUAAAAAGGACAAGAAAGCAGAGGAGAAGGACUCUGAGCAGAAUGAUGACGAUGACGAAGAGGAAGGUGAGAGAGAAGAGGAGGGCAAAGGGUCUGCGACGAGAGCUACGACUCGAUCUGCGUCUCGCCUUGAGGCAGAGAGAAACAAGCCAAGUAAACCAUCCACCCGGGCGAGUCGACAGAACGGCAAAGAGGAGACCACAGCUGGCACGCGGGGUACGAGGGGCCAGGCAGCGUCGAAGGGGGCCCGUAAACGGGAGGCCAGCCCUCCUGCGGUGCGAACGCGUGGAGGACAGAAAUCAGAGGAGCCCCCUUCCAAGAGAGCCAAACGCUAAGACCUUUGACAGCAGUGGAACGCUUUGCCCCUGCGGUGUUGUUUUUACUCUCCACAUUCAAAGACUCUGCUGUCAGUUAGCAUGUAAAGCUGUUUGUGCUCCAUUGACUCCUGAUACUGAAAAGCUCCGGGUAAUAUUAUACCCCCCCCCCCUCUGAUGGUUAAGUCUAAACCUGAGGAUCUGUGUGAGAGUCCCCAAAAAUACCCUCCGCUUCUCCGCGUCCAUAUGGUUUGGAUCAGACUUCAUCAUUCCGUGGUUUAUUCAUGUAAUACCCAGUGAACCGGAGCAUUUCAAGCCAAUCAGGGGCCUAACCGAGAUGGGCUGCGAGGACGCGCGCUGAAAGUAGCCGUCAGUCUGCCUCCUCUCGUUCGCUCACUUGUCAAAGGCGUCCAAACUUCCACUGUGAAUUUUGUCACUUAAUAUUCAUUCUGCGAAUGAAAAGGUAAAUUUUUCUCAGAUUUGUUUAGCUUUUUCUGUCAAUGCCUAAAAUUCUAGACGAGGUUCUUUGGGUCUAUUUUUACUGGAAUAACGGCAGUAUUAGUUAAAGACACAAACUCCUCAGAACGAACAUGGUUCCUUUCCUCCUGACGUCUAUGGAACCUGUUUCUUUUUAAUGUAAAGGUAAAUUAGUCACCUUACAGAUGUUUUCGUCUAUGUUGAAACACAAAUCUUUUGAUUUAGGUUUGUCGGUUGUUGCACAUAAUCACAUCUGUUUGUAAUCAAUUUCUGAUUUUAAAGGGGAUGAUUAUCUUGUUCUUUUUUUUAUACUAAAUACUUAUCGGGAUCCUUUUAGUGCAUCUCUUUAUUGAAAAUUGUUUCUUACAUUUCUAGAAGCUUCUAAAAUGGUUUAUUAUCUUCUUUAUCUUACAACCUUUUACACAUUCACAAACUGGACUGUUGAUGCUUCCAUUUUGCUCACCUAAUGGCUGAGUAGCGCUUGAGUUUUUCAUGUGUUUUUUUUACAUGUGGAGCACUUUGCAGUAGAUUUGAUCCCCUGUGUUAAAAUGGCCAGAGACAUUAACCAUUUACAUCAGAGCGGAGAAAAAAGGAGGACAUUCCUGCCUGUUAAUGAGGGAUAAAACUGACAAACUGGGAGUGAAAUAUUCCGCCAUCAUUAGCACGUUAGGAGCCUUUAAUCGCUGCAUCUGAACCUUUCAGGAUCAGGGGGAAGGUUACAGAAAGCCGGAGUUCUCUGGUUAAAGUUUUCCUGCCACUCCUGCGGGUUGCUUGGGUUUUAUUCCUUUAAGGUGUACCUCUCAGGUAUUUCCUGGUUCUGCUAUCCAGGCCUUAAAACACCAGCCCAAAAACUGCCAUUAAAAGGGGUUUGGAUCAGCUCUCACUCAGCCACCGCUCUGGCAGACCCACAGCGCGCCUUUCACUCACAGAUGCUAUUAGACAUCACGUUUUUUAUGGUCACUUACAUUGUAGUCCAAGACGAUAUUUGCCAAGCAGGGUUUGUGCUUCUGUAAAUCAAGUCAGACAGUUUUAUCGUCAUGUGCUUUUAGCCCUCACAUCAAGUUUUUUUUUUUAAUCUAAAAGCUGCAAAUGUUAUUCAAAAUUAAGUAACUGAAGCACUGCAGAAAAUUUCUGAUGAAAUAGUAACCGGUUUUAGAUUUUCGUCUGCUGCAUCUGCAGAUACGUCUCUAUCGAAUUACAAGUCAAUCCACCACAUUUGAAAAGUUUCAGGUUUUUGUUUGGGUGUCUAUUUGUGAGCACAAACUGCAGGAGUCAGAAAAAUUCAGUUAGUGUCAUUCAAACCAUGCCUGACCCAUUUAAACUUCUCGAUAUUUUACUGAAAUGAUUACAUGUAAGAGAUUCAUUAGUUUUUAAAUACUUGCUCUAGAAAACAAACAAGUCCCUCCCUGAGAAAAGACAAACAUUAUUUUUAAGAAUGUUAAAGGUAUCACUUGUACUGAGUUCUUAAUUAUAUAUAUUGUAAUAUGUCUUUAACCCUUUAAUGGUUUAUCUUGAAUAAAAACAUGG